GUGCCCGGUACCCGCAGGACCCCACCCACAGUGCCCGGUUCCCCCCGCCCGGUGCCCGGUGUGCCCCACGCGUGUCCCGUCCCGUGCCCCCCCACACCGGGACCAGCCGAUGCGCAGCCGCCGCCGGUCCCACCCCCCGCGCUGGGUUUCAUUUUCCGAGAAACGGCGGCGGUUGCCGGGAGGGAUCGUGUCCGUGUCCGUGUCCGUGUCCGUGUCCGUGUCCGUGUCCGUGUCCGUGUCCGUGACCGUGACCGGGGGUCCGGGCCGAACGAUGGGGGCGACCCCCGCCCGCCGGCUCCUGGCCUUGCUGAGCCCCGAGCGCCGGCGCUGCGUGGGGAUGGCGGCGCUGAUGGCGACCUCGGUCCUCGGGGAGGUGGCCGUCCCCUACUUCACGGGGCGGGUCACCGACUGGGUGGCCAGUGAGGACGAGCUGGCGGCCGCCUGGCCCAUGGCACUGCUGGGGCUCAGCAGCGCCGUCACCGAAUUCACCUGCGACGUCACCUACACGGGGACGCUGAGCCGGGCGCUGGGACGUCUCCAGCGCCGCGUCUUCGCCGCCGUCCUGCGGCGGGAUGUCACCUCCCUGCGGGUGAUGGGGACCGGGGAGGUGACAGCGCGGGUGACAGGGGACGUGGAGGCCACCCACGAGGCGGUGGCCGAGGCGCUCAGCCUCCUGCUGUGGUACCUGGCGCGGGGCGCAUGCCUCCUGGUCACCAUGGCGUGGUUGUCACCCCACCUGGCCUUUGUCACCCUCCUGUCACUGCCCGUCCUCCUGCUGCUGCCCUGGGGCAUCAGCAAGAUCCAGCAGGGGCUGUCACAGCAGGUGCAGGACGCGCUGGCGGGUGCCACCAAGGUGGCAGUGGAGACCUUCCAAGCCAUGACCACCAUCCGCAGCUUCGCCCACGAGGCCGGGGCGGCCAAGUGGUACCACCAGCGCCUGCGUCACCUCCUCCAGCUGGAGGGGAAGGUGGCGGCCACCUAUGCCAGCACCCUCUGGGCCAGCGGGUUCUCGGCGCUGGCCUUGAAGUUGGGGCUCCUCUGCUACGGGGGACAGCUGGUGGCCGCGGGGACCAUCACCACCGGGGACCUUGUCACCUUCCUCAUCUACCAGAUGCAGUUCACCGAGGCCUUGGAGGUCCUGCUCCGCUACUACCCCAACAUGACCAAGGCCGUGGGCUCCUCAGAGAAGAUCUUUGAGUUCCUGGACCGGGAGGAGCAGGUGACACCCCCGGGGACGCUGGCACCCGAUGGCCUGCGGGGCCACCUCCAGCUUGAGGACGUCUGGUUCUCCUACCCCGAGCACCAAGAACCUGUCCUCAAGGGCGUGUCCCUGGAGCUGCGCCCCGGGGAGGUGCUGGCAGUGGUGGCCCCCCCGGGGGCGGGGAAGAGCACCCUGGUGUCCCUGGUCCUGCGCCUGCACCCGCCGGGGGCCGGGCGGGUGCUGCUGGACGGUCACCCCCUCCCAGCCUACCAGCACCCCUACCUGCGCUGCCAGGUGGCCGCUGUCCCCCAGGAGCCGGUGCUCUUCUCCCGCUCGCUCCACGCCAACAUCGCCUACGGGCCGGGGACCUGGAGCCGGGCGCAGGUGACAGUGGCAGCCCGCCGGGCGGGUGCCCACCCCUUUAUCUCCCGCUUGCCCCAGGGCUAUGACACAGAGGUGGGUGAGCUGGGGGUGCAGCUCUCCGGGGGACAGCGGCAGGGGGUGGCCAUUGCUCGCGCCCUGGUGAGGGACCCCCGUGUCCUCGUCCUCGAUGAGCCCACCAGCGCCCUGGAUGCCGAGAGCCAGCUGCAGGUGGGAGGUGACACCCGUGUCCCCUUGGCCAUCGGCACCCUGAUCCCUGGGGGUCCCCCUUGGUCUCCUCAUCAUCCCCUUUGCCCCCAGCCCUGCUGUCCCCUGGGUCCCUUGUCCCCAUGUCCCCUGGGUUCCUGGUGUUUGGGAUCCCUUGGCCCCCAGUCCUGGUGUCCCAUGGGUCCCUCUCCCAGCAGCCCCCUGGUCCCAGGGGGGUGUCCCCCUUCAUCCCCUUUUCCAGUGUCCCACAAGUCCCUGCUCCCUGUGCCCCCUUUACUCCAACCCUGCUGUCCCCUGGCUCCCUGGUCCCCCUGUCCCUUGGAUCCCUGCCCCUGGGUCCCCUGGCUCCCUUGUCCCCAUGUCCCUUGGGUCCCUUGUUCCCACAUCCCCUGGGUCCCUGCUGUCCAUGUCCCCCGUGUCCCCACCCCACUGAUAAUGUCACCCACCGCAGGUGGAGCAGGAGAUCUUCGAAGCCAGCGGGGCCGGGCGUGCGGUGCUGCUGGUGACAGGGCAGGUGGCCCUGGCCAUGCGGGCACAGCGGGUGGCCGUGCUGGAGGGGGGACGACUGCACGAGCUGGGCUCCCCUGGGGAGCUCCUGCUGUGGGGUGGGGGACCAGGGGGGACAGCGGGGGACAGGGACAUGGGGAAGGAGGGUGAGGGGCAGCAGGAGCUGGAAAUGGGGACACUAAGGGAUGGGGACACUGGGAGCCGGGAUGGGGACACUGACUACACAGAUGGGGACACUGGGAGCCGGGAUGGGGACACCA